AUGAAAUCGGUCGAAAAGUCGUUUGAGGCGCAUGAUUUCACGAGUCCCGAAUUUUGGAAGAAAUUCUUUGCAGAAAGGGGCACUCCAUUUGAAUGGUAUGGUGGUUAUGACGACUUAUCAGUGAUUAUCGAGCAGUAUGUGACACCAAAAAAUUGCGUAUUGCAGAUUGGAUGUGGUAAUUCAGAACUUGCCACUGAGAUGUAUGAUAAUGGAUUUCACCAGAUCCAUUCAAUUGAUACAAAUGCGAAAGUGAUCAAGCAACAGUCGACAAAGAAUCGAAACCGUUCGGGACUCGCAUUUUCUGUUGAUGAUGCCACAAAGUUGACGCUUGCCGAUUUGACCUUCGAUGUUGUGCUUGAUAAAGGAACUCUCGAUGCUAUGUUUCCGCCGAAAGCCACUGAUGAACAAAAAGAAAUGGUUUCAAAAAUGUUUUCCGAAGUUGCACGGGUACUGAAGCCCCUAGGACGAUAUCUUAUUGUGACACUUGCUCAAGAGCACAUUCUUGAUUUUUGGCUAAAAGAAUUGAGUGGAAGAUUCAUCUUGAAAGUCCACAAAGUCAAGAACUCAACCCGUGGUCUUCGAAUGCCUGUUUUCGUUCUAGUCGCUACAAAAUUGCUCAAACCACUAACGAUGACAAGGCCUAUCGAUUUCGUUAACAGCAACGACACUAGUGUUACUCCAAUUUCUUCACUUGAUGAGCUCUUUGAAGUGGUAAAAGCCGAACAACAAAUGUCCUCUCUGCUUCAUUAUCUUGCCCAACCUUUAAAAGAAGAAACGUCUUUAAAGCUAUGGGGCAGCGAUAAACAGGAAAAAUAUCAGGUUUAUAUCGUUGAUAAGGAAGGUGUUGCCGUGAAAUUGAAAUCUUAUGGCGUGUUCAUUGUUCCCUAUGGAAGAAAGCAUGAAUUUUUAUACGCGGAUCCUAAAGGACGAAAAGAGUUACGUAGCAACUGUAAGAAAGAUCGUUUGGCUAUUGUUCAUGUGCUUGACAAGCUGAUGCAGGAUUUUAUCGAAAUUCAAGACGAUCUAAAUCCAUAUGCACUACAAUGGGCUCCCGCUGGAAAACAUGUCGAACAUCGGCACCAAUUCUUGACCGUUGGCGAUGAUAAUACAGUAGAGGUUCUUGAAACAGGCAACUCGGAAGUGAAUGGAGAAUUUGUGGUUAAAGAUGUGGAAAUCGAGGGCGAGUUCCGAAGACAAUUGGUUUUUCUCGCAAGCAAGAAUCUCAUCCAAUCCGAAGUUUUGUUAAAGGUCGAUGAAGGCCGAAAGUUUCCAAUGUUAAAUCAUCUCACAUCUGAGCAUCAUGAGGUGAUGCUCAUAGCGUUGGGCUUGCAUGAAUCAAAACCACUCGAAUCGCUCGAUACCGCAGAUCUUCAGUUAGGCAUAUUGGGACUUGGUGGUGGACUUUUGGCUUCUUAUCUGUUGCUGCAUCUACCAAAGUGUAAAAUUAUUGGAAUUGAACUUGAUCCAGAAGUGGUUCGAAUUGCCGAGUCUUAUUUUGCUCUUCCAACCAAAGAUCCCCGUUUAGAAGUGCGUGUAGUGGAUGCACUCGAUUAUCUUCAAGUAAAUGCACAUGAUGAUAGUCGACGUCAGCGAUUGGAUAUAUUAUUCGUGGAUGUGGCGGGUGGAGAAGCUACGGGAAUCACCUGUCCUCCACCCUCAUUCCUUACGGACCAAGCACUUGACAAUAUGAAGCGAUCUUUAAAGCCUAACGGUAUUCUUGCGCUCAAUUUUGUCACUCGAGACCAAAGUUUGGCGGGAAAAACGAGGGGAAUCGUCCAAAAGCACUUCAAGGGACUCUAUUCGAUGAGUGUUGCCCAUCAUGUAAAUGAGAUACUUAUUGCGUCUGCUGAAGAACUCGACAUUGUGGAAUUGCAAAAAACGAUAAAACGAGAUUAUCCCCUUCCCAAGAUGAUUUCUCAACGACUUGGAAACAUGAAGCUCGUC